AUGUACGGGGGUAUUUCGGCACAAGAAGAGCAUAUUGCUGUACUGGAGCAGCAGCUCUCACGUUUGAAAGACGAGGUGUCGAGUCUCGAGCGAGAUAGAAACAUUGGGAUUCAAGAAAACGAGAGGCUAUACAACCAGAUCGAAUCGCUCGAGAAGGACAACGAGCAGCGGGGCAAGGACGCCGACCGAUGGAGGUACAGGUUCGUGACGGAGAAGCAGGAGACCGAGACCGCGAAGCAGCAGAUCGAGUCGCUGCAGCAUGCGGUCAAGAACAGGGAUCAGAGCAAUCGCGAGCUGGCAAGCUCCAAGAUCCAGCUGCUGUCUGAGGUCGAGGCUCUCAAAAGUCGACUGAAGGAACUAGGGGAGGAGACGAGGGCGCUUUCACAGAAUAAUUCGGAGCUGCUGGAGCAGCUUCAGGGGUACGAAGAUUACACAAAUGAGCUGCUGGAUGAGAUCAAGGCACUACAGAACCAGCAAUCGAGUCACGACAGUGAUCGUGAUGCGAGCUCGGAGGACGGCGAUCGGCAAGUACAGCUUGCGGACUCGAUUCCAGCACGACGGCUGUCUGACAGUGCGCCUAACCGGCGACUGUCUGACGAAUUAAGCGCAGAGCUCGUAGACCAAGACAGCCAGGGCGAUAUCAACGACGAGGACGACCGGAGCGGGCAGACGCUGAUCAAUGAUAUGGACGAUGUCUUGUUUGGAUUCGAGCUCGACGGCGCGUCGCCGGGCCACAGCGAUAUCCGGAGCGCGUUCGAGAAGCUGAAGAAGUCGAGCGGGUACGAGAGUAUUCGGCAGUGGUCUACGCCCGAGGAGCUCAACCAGGUUCUGACGGAGUUUAAGACCGUGGUGGCGAGUGUGAAUAUGCAGCUGCCGAAUGGGAAGGUGGCCAGUCUCGACGGCGAGGUUCUUACAGAGAAGCUGGGGAGUUUACAGACGGCGGUGGCGGCGCUGGCGAAGCAGCAGUUUUUGAUCCGACAGCUGCUGGAUGACGGUGAUAAAGUUAGCCAGAGUGUUGUGGUGAGUGAGAAUGCGAUGGCGAGUGAGAAUGUGAAGGAGAUGGACGUCAAAAAGGCCGAGGCAAAAGAGUCGUCGAGUGUGGUUAGCAGCGGGUUUUUAAGCGAGAGCGAGCUGGAGCGGGUAAGCAGGAUACCGGGGUUCAAGCUGGCGGUGUAUCUGGUGCCGGCGCCGAUGCUCGAGUCUUUCAAGAGCGAAAGUCGAGAGAUGCGAGUGCUUAUUCAGCUGUAUUUCUACGUGGUGGCAGUCUUGGGAUUGGCGUUGGCGGUUGGAAUGGUGGUGGGGUAUGGGGUGAGCCGGGUGUUGACGUCGGGUGGAGAGUGUUGCUAUUCGUCGGGACCGUGGUGGGUGGGAAGCCGGACACCGUUUGUGGAGAAGGCGAUGUAUAGGUUGGAGGAAUGGUAUCUUGAUAGGUAUGGUCGGUAG